AUGAAGCUAGUUGUGGCAUUACUAGUUUUAUCACUAACUAUUUCGGUUGGUGAAAAAAAUAUAUUGAACCCCAGGAUCAGCGGUGGUUAUCGCGCGAAGGCCUAUACAAUCCUUUAUCUAGUUGGAAUCGUCUACUCCAAAAGUCCUUCAUCCUCACUCAAGUUCGGAGCCGGCACCAUAAUUUCGAAUCAAUGGAUACUCACAGUCAAGAAUGUGCUGGUAUUUAGGUACAUCGAGGUCCACUUCGGAUCAAGAAGAGCAUUUUGGGGCUAUGACAUUUUAAGGAUCUACAAAGAGAACUUCUACUUCCACUAUGAUAAAAAGCGCGAAAUUGCCCUGGUCAAGUGUCCCUACCAAAAGUUUGACCAUCGAAUGGGCCGGGUUCGCAUUCCAGCUUAUGGAACAAGACACAACCGAUUCCUCGGAAAUAUGACCUUGGUCUGUGGCUGGGGAACUGAAAACCGAAAGGCUAUGCUGCCCAAUUGGAUGCGUUGCAUUGAAGUGGAAGUCAUAUCCAACGAAGACUGCGCCAAAUACUAUGAACCAUUGCAAUCGUAUGAGAUGUGCACCUCUGGAGAAGGCUUCAAAGGAGUUUGUGAGGGCGACAUGGGCGGUGCGGUGGUCACGAUGGGCCAAAAUCCCACCUUCAUUGGUAUUAUAUGGCUCAUGCCCUCCAACUGUAGCAUUGGAUAUCCUUCGGUUCACAUCCGCGUCAGCGAUCACAUAAAGUGGAUAAAGAGUAUAUCCGGUGUAGGAUUCUGAGAAGGAUAAACAAAUGAAUCAUAGAAAAACAGAAUGAAGCUUUCUGCAAACAAAGCAAUUAACAUAACUUCUGAAGAUGAACGAAUUGCUUAAUGUAGUUCAUGAAUAUUAAUACAAAUUAAUGUAAAAACUAAAUGGUUGUAAAUGUUCUGCAAAAUGUAGUAUGUUAUCUUUGAUUUGAUUAAAACACCUUAAACAACUGCCUCCAAAA